AUGGAUAUGUGGAACGGACCAGCAGCUGGUCGAGGUGUGACAAUCCUCAUGGCUAUCGCCUUCAUGGGGCCAGCCCUUGGAUCGCUGGUCGGCGGCUGGGUGGCACAGUACACAACCUGGCGUUGGUCGCAGUGGACGACGCUGUUUCUUGGGGCUGGCUGCUGGGCCUUUAGCAUGGGCGCGCAAGAGUCUUACGCACGCCCAAUUAUCAGUCGUCGCGCUGUCAAAAUCGGGCUACCCGUCCCUCCUAGCCCCAUACCGGGAGGUCUGGCUGGCGUUCGGAUGAUGCUUACCGUGACCCUGGCGCGGCCGAUCUAUAUGCUCUUGACCGAGCCUAUUGUGGCUUUGUGCUCUCUGUACUCGUCGCUCAACUUCUCUGUUCUAUUUUGUUUUCUGGCCUGUAUCCCCCUCAUCUUCACCCAUGUCUAUGGCUUUACUCCAGGUCAAUGUGGGCUAGUUUUUAUCUCGCUGGCCCUGGGGUGCGCCUUCGGCUGCCUCGGUCUCCUCGUGAUAGACCACUAUACUAGGGCCCGAUAUCGACGAAUCCAUCCCGAAGGCCUCAAUCACCCACCGCCGGAACUAGUCCUUUGGGCAGCUAUGUUGGCAAGCCCGCUUAUGCCUGCUGCUUUGUUCUGGUUCGCAUGGACAUCAACCCGUCAUGUCCACUGGAUGAGUAGUAUCGUCGCCAUCGGGCUCUUUGGCUGCUCUAACAUUACGAUCUUUGUUUCAACUGCCCUCUAUCUGACGCGAGUGUACGGGGCCAAGUUCGGAGCCUCCGCUUUGGCUGCAAAUGGCCUGCUUCGAUACGGUAUCGGUGGCUCUUUUCUUCUUUUCACUCUGCCUAUGUAUCAUAACCUCGGCUAUAGCUGGGCUUCGAGCUUGUGGGUUUCCUAG